UAGCCUUUACCUAAUUCUUCCUUGCUCGCAGGGGGACGUGUCGGUGUACGGCUUUAUUCUAAAAUACUUUGCGGAAGGAAUCAUGGAGUUAUUUGCUAGGAUAUGGUUGCCUUUGUGCUUUCUGUGUGCAUUGGUUGACGCAGAAUUUUCGGCACAGGAUUGUCGAGAGCUAGGUUUUAUCAAAUCGCAACUGCUGUGCUCUUCGUGUAAAAGUUUAAGUGAUUACGGAUUGAACGAAUUCAAAGAACACUGCCUAGAGUGUUGCCAGAAGGACAGUGAAACCAACACGAGCCUAAAUGUGUACCCAAAGGCAGUACUGGAAGUGUGCACGUGUAAAUUUGGAGCUUAUCCACAAAUUCAGGCGUUUAUAAAAAGUGAUCGACCGGCUAAAUUUCCAAACCUGACUAUUAAAUACCUACGAGGUUUGGACCCGCUGGUGAAACUAAUGGAUGAACAUGGAAACGUAAAAGAAACUUUAUCGAUCACCAAGUGGAACACUGAUACUGUGCAAGAGUUUUUUGAGACACGAUUAGCUAAAGUUGAUGACAGCGAUUAUCUUAAAACAAAUCAAGUGUAAUAAAUAUGCAGUUUUUCACAGCACUUGCUCAUAAAA